AUGUUAAAACGAAUUUUCAGGAGAGACAGAGGUGCAGUGAAUCGAACUUUGCAUUCAAUUACUUCGGAUCAGGCAACCACUGAGGAACAUCUGGUCACCACAGCGGAGCAUGUAGUCACAGCGGAGCAUGCAGUCACAGCGGAGCAUGCAGUCAUAGCAGAGCCUUUUAUAUACGAUCCAGUCAAAGGCUCUCUCCUACUUAACUUACCACCAGAACUAUUCUAUUUGAUCGGUGAACAUCUAUCUCAUGGCGAUCUUUCAAAGUUAAGUCAAACAUGUUCUCGCUUGUAUCAGUUUAUUAACAAUGACACAUUCUGGACUCAUCUCAUACGUUUCAAAUUCCCGUCGUCCAUCGCCAAAUUAUAUACAAAUGAUAUAUUUGAAGAAGAAAAAACCGAAGCCACAGAAACCGGAAAAACGCAACAAAAUAAAAUUCAGCGACCUAGUUUUCUUCACUCUGGAGGCCCCGAGUGUGAACUAGAUGCAGCGGCAGUCAGAUCAGCCACUGAUUACAAUGAAACGACCGCAAGUCAUUUGACCAUGUACUUCGAUCCAAACUGGUUUCGAGAGAACGUUCAAUAUUAUCAAUUCAACAAAACAAACAGCUUAAAUUGCAAAAAUGUUCCAUUAAUGAAACUGAUCUAUUUCUAUCUAAUCGAUCGAAAACGAGUCGCAACCACCGAUAUGGUGGUGGUUCAUUUGAAUAACCCACAGUAUAUGGGAGAAGUGCAUACAAAUGAUAGUCUCAAUGGCCGUGUUGUCAAAGUGUUCAACGUUUGUUGGCUUGAAAUAACAGGAAAAAUGGAGAAUAUCCUUCCAGGAAAAUAUGAGCUCUCGUGGAGAAUGCUGUUGAAUGCGUCGGCAAAGAUUGAUGGAACAACCGAGUUUCUUGCUGUACCUGAGCAUGGCACGUUAAUCUGUUACCCGUGGACAGACGAAACAACUCAAGAAAGGAAAAUAAUACAUGGAACAUCGUGGUUCACUUCAGUCAUGGGUACAAUAACCAUUUAUAAGCCGUCAACAGUUUAUUUAGCUGUCAGAAAUUGGGCUAGUCCUAAAUGGAAGUAUGGUCUGUAUUGGGAUUAUUGCGAGCUGAAAAUGUUGUCGCUUUAG